AUGUCGUCCACGAAGCUUGAUCAAGGAGAACACCCGCUAGAUAUCCCAAGGCCAGAGGAGAACGACAUUUUCGCAGAAGUCAAAGACUUGGCUAGGCAACGGCGAGAAAGUGACGAGCGAUUACAGGAAAAACUAAGCAAAGAAGUGAAAUUGGCAGAGUUAAAGAAAUUUGCCGAAAGUUUCAAGCUGGCCACUCCAGUACCAUCGGACUUGAUCGAUAUUCUUUCCAAGGAUCCUUCCAAGCAGCAGGAGAUAAAGGAAAAGGCUAUACGUGCCGCAGAGGCUAUACGUGCCGCAAAGUCUUUCGCGCAUAAGAAAACAGAAGCAGCUGAGACUAAGGAAGCCGCGGAAGCCGAAAGGCAGAGCCCGCAGUCUCAGACAAACAACCAAGUCGUAUACGAGCUCCCACAAUCCAAAUCAUGGGCUGAUGUAGUGCGUGGCACGUCUUUGAAAGUCGACCAGCCUAUUGCACCCAUUACUAGUCCCAGGAGCAAUAACCCGUCAGCAAGUAUCUUUUCUUCAUCCCUCAGUGGCUUCACGAGGAGCAGUGAGGCAACGCAAACGACAAAAGUGACUUCGGUAUCUAGUCGGUCUAAGACUGUUCGUCCCAGCCAAGUUCGGAAUCCAAAUGCUUCCUUGGGAAUCCUCAGAGAUAUCCAAGAAGUUGAAGAGGAUGCACCAUCUGUACUAGGCCAGAACCCGACAAGACAAUUUUUACAGGAUGAGCCCUAUGGCAAGGAUGACGAAUCGCUCAUCUCGCAAACAUCAACGACCUACACGCCAGAGCAGAGAGAUGAUGUAGUUGAGAGAUUCUCGCAAGCCAUGCUCAAAGGCCUCCACUCUCAUGUCAACUAUGGUGCAGCAAAUAAGUCGUCAAGGCAACAUGUCCUUACUCACCUCCGCUCAGCAUUGAGGACAUUUGCUGAAGCUGUUGAGGCGGAUACGCCAGAAAGAACACAAGCAAAGGCGAGAAAAAUGGUGCGAAGGCUGAGGUCCGAAAUUGCUCGCAAACUGCAGGACCAAAUCUUGAGGGACGACCAAGUUCAAGAAAGCAAUCGCAUGCCGAUCAAUUUGUCUGACAGGGAAGAAAUGGGCGCUGCUGAGAAGAUCAACCGCUGGGAUAUACCGACGCCUGAUCUGUAUCUCAAGACCGGGUGGCAAGCAGGACCAGAUAUACAGUCCAGGCAUCAGUACCAUUCAGAGGCAUCUUUGAGCCUCCCUACAAGGUCAGAGAGCUCCGUCGGGCAGAGCGAUGUAGAAGUGUCGCCUCGUGAUACCACGCAGAUAUACGGGACAUCUAUCAAUCCAGUUGAAGUCAUGAAGCACUUUUCAACGCAUCCAGCGUUUAAGGAGCUCCUCCAAACUACGCGGAAGCUCUUUGAACGAUUUCACAGUCAAAAAAUGGAUUUGGUACGCCAACGCACGUCCCUCUCAAUUCGUCGCCAAUUGGGAAAACAGGGAAGCAAUAACAGUGUCGCGAUCUUCAACCUCGACUGGGACCUCCAUGCUUUCUUAAUCGGCAAUUAUGAUGACGGCGUCCAUCAAAACAUUGACAAGAUACUUGCUGUCACUGGUACAAUGGGAAAUGCGCAGCUAUGCUCGGUUGGUCAAUACUUUGCGUGGGCCUGGCCAAGUUACAAAUUCCAGCUGUUGGAGGAACUACAGUCAAAACUGCGUGGCUCUACAAGCAAAAAUAGACGACACAAGAGGCUUCCGGCGGGACGCGUGAUUGUAGACUCGACACUUCGCAUGGUAACAGUCCAUGGAGCCGAAGAUUUCAUCAUUGCUAUUGCGCAGCAGCUCUCUUGGUUGAUAGCAGUUUGCCAAGAAAAGCAGGACCAGCUUUCUCAUGCCUACGUGGGCUUCUUUGAGGCGAAUAGUGCUGAAACGACUGCUAUCGCCACCUUCGACAUUGAUGUUAAACUCGAAGUUCCAUCGAUCCGGCCUACUGACAGUUGCUGGAACACGAUAGUUGGACCAGCGGUUAUAGUUGCUGGAUUUCCCCUUCCUGAGCGCCAUCACAACGAACAGGGGCUUGAGAUGUCGAUUCCUGUGAUGGCGGCUCUUGCGGACACUCCUCAGGCCGUCAGCUACAGAGGCGGUUUUGUUUUCAAGGCCAGACACCACGCUCUCGUACCCAUCGAGGACUUUGGAUCGUCCAUACAAUGGCAUUUGAUAGACACCUAUCCUGAGAGGCUUGAGUGGACUCAUAUAGACAGAGCAUGUCCUAAGAGACUUAGAGGCACGAUGAACAAAGAUUUCUGGAAUCGCCGCUCAUUUCUCGGGUGGUGCCCACAAGUCCUUGAGCUUCUGGCAACAUCAAGCUUUGAUCAUGCGUCUGUACAGUACUCCAAGGCUGUGAAACCUCCAAGAUGGGCCCAGAUUGAUAAGUUCAUCAUUGGGUUUAGUCAGUGGGGAACAGCUACUGCUGAAGUAACUUUUGGCAAGAAAGAUGGUUUUCGAAGCUUGCGACCAGAUGAUUACGAAACGCUACUUGACGACGCUAAGGAGACUCAAGUUAUUUUGCACGACACGACUCACAAACGCGCUUUUCAAACCAAUGCGGAGGAUCUGAUUCUUAACAUUCUUCUCCAUCGACAGAAUUUGCAGCUAUCGGGACAAUCACAAAACCCAAGAGAGAAGAAUGCAGUAGAUAUAAUUCAUGGUGCAGAUAUAACCAAACAGAAAACCUCAACUCGUGCUGCUAUGCUUGACAACGCUGAGAAGGUCUUUUCUAUCAGAACGUCCAUGUCAAACACUAAAAAGGAAGAAAGCCGGUUUAAACAUGAAGUAAAACUGCUUUACUCGACAGUCGAUGGGCUCUGGGCCGAAUCAUAUGCAAGUGGCAGCACAUCAGUAAAGCUCGGCGUCAAGUUCGGGCAGAAUGUCACUGGAUGGGAGUACAUGGAUGUUGUCAACAAUGUCAAAGUGAUACUGCCCAAGUCAGUCGACUUGAAAAAGUCAUGCGGGCGCUGGAACGACUACGCAGAAGAUAUCCAGGCCGUUGUGCUGUUCGGAGGUGAUUUUGGAGACAUUCUCGCACCGGGGUCAUCCAAGCUGUGCUUGAAUUACAAGUCCCUGCCCAGAGAUGAGUGCUACUUGGGUAUUCGAGUAGAUGCACUCCAAUCGCUUUUUGAUCGGCAGGGGUCAUCACAAGACCAAAAGAAACUCUCGCCUUCGGGCUUUACGCUACAGGGAUCGCAAGAUGUGUUCAGGCCAUGCGCGGGCAUAUGCUCCGAUCAUGUGGUUCGCAUCGUGAAGCAGUCAAAAGGGCAUUGUCCACUGCCUCUUGAGAAGCACGGUGCAAUCAUUAUCGGCGAAGCUCGAGGGGGGCUUCUCCACAACAUGUUUGGCAACAAUCAGCAACCGGAAAAGAAACCUUCUCGAGCUCAGCGCCAAGAACGUCAGGCCUUGUACCGUACAGAAAGGGAGACGGCCCCGAUAACAGCUACGCCGUCCCCAAGGCCUAACGAAAGCGAGAAGACCCAGAUACGAAAUGUCUUCGUCAUCAACAGUCAGCAGUGGUCCCUGGAGUGGAUCUUCAAUCACAGAUGGGGUUGUCAGUUCGUCGUCCAUUUCUUCAAGCCCACCGAUGAGAACUUGGAGUAG